UGUGGGCCCAAACAAACAUGUCGUCGUUGCUCACCCUGCGGGGCUACGGCAGCGACAGCGACCUAGACGACACCGACGACCUCGUGCAGCACCUGAAGCCAAUAGAGAGUGGCCACACGAUAGGUCAAGACUUACAGAUAGUCGUCUCGCCGGAAGUCACCUCCACCAAAGAACUUGAUGAUCGUCAGCACAUAGAUCCAGAUCAAAAGGAGCUGAUGUACAAUCCCAAAUUUGAUGAACUCUACGCUCCUGUGCUGGGCCCAGAAGCUGUUCAUUCCAAGUACCAUGAAGUGGACAGGAAUACCUUGGCUGGCUAUGUAGAGACUGCACACUUCAAUGAUUUUGAGUUUGAGUCUCAAAGAAGAACCUUCACAACAUAUGGCUAUGCUGUUGACCCAUCCAUAUCUGGUGCACCAGAAGAUGGCAGAAGAUAUAUUGGGGAUGUGACCAGUGCUGAGAAGACUUCAGGGAUCACAGUGUUUGAAACUCAGCACAAAGCAGACUUGCCAAAGAAGAGGAAACGUGACAAGAAUGAUGAUGCAGGAGAUACUGAAGGAUUCAAAGGGCCUUGGGCUAAGUUUGAAAAUGAAAAGACUGUAAUGAAGCCAUCAGAGGAAGAGCAACAUGAACUUGAUGAGAUACUGGCAAAGCGGCAAAAGAGAGGGAAGCAAACUGAUGAUAAGCCAAUUGAGGAAAAAUCUUUGUUGCAUAUCAAAGAUGCAUAUGACUAUCAGGGAAGAUCCUUUUUGCAUGUUCCACAAGAUGUUGGUGUUAAUUUGAAGUCCACUGAUCCACCUGAAAAAUGUUUUAUGCCCAAGAAAAUGAUUCAUACUUGGAAAGGUCACACCAAAGGUGUGUCAGCUAUACGAUGGCUUCCAAACUCAGCUCAUCUUCUUUUGUCUUGCUCUAUGGAUACCAAAAUAAAAAUAUGGGAAGUUUACAAUAAUAGGAGGUGCAUUAGGACAUACAUGGGACAUAAGCAAGCAGUUAGGGAUGCCUGUUUUGAUAAUACUGGUAAGCAGUUUCUCUCAGCUGGUUAUGACCGGUUUAUCAAGCUAUGGGACACUGAGACUGGAGAUUGUAUUUCCAGGUUUACAAGCAGAAAAAUACCAUAUUGUGUUAAAUUCAACCCAGAUGAUGAUAAGCAAAACCUCUUUGUUGCUGGCACAUCAGAUAAAAAGAUUGUGUGCUGGGACAUUCGAAGUGGUGAGAUUGUCCAAGAAUAUGAUCGCCAUUUGGGAGCUGUAAACACAAUCACUUUCAUUGAUGAAAACAGAAGAUUUGUUUCCACAUCAGAUGACAAAAGCUUGAGGGUAUGGGAAUGGGAUAUUCCUGUUGAUUUCAAAUAUAUUGCUGACCCUUCAAUGCAUUCAAUGCCUGCUGUUACUCUUUCACCAAACAAGAAGUGGCUGGCCUGUCAAAGUAUGGAUAACAAAAUUGUAAUAUUUUCUGCCUUAGACCGCUUUAAAAUGAAUCGGAAAAAGGUUUUCACAGGCCACAUGGUGGCAGGGUAUGCUUGCACUCUAGAUUUCUCUCCAGACAUGUCAUAUCUGGUGUCAGGAGAUGCUGAUGGAAAGGCUCAUGUGUGGGACUGGAAGACAACAAAACUUUACCAGAAAUGGAAAGCUCAUGAUGAUGUAUGUAUUGGUAUAUUGUGGCAUCCACAUGAAACGAGUAAAAUUGCCACAGCUGGCUGGGAUGGUCUUAUCAAGUAUUGGGACUAAGCAUUAAGAAUUUAUAUGUACAAGGAAAGAUGUGUACAAGAUGUUUAAUUUUAUAUAUAUGUAUAAAAAUUACACAAAUGGU